AUGGAGCCCGCGCUGCGCGAGCUGUGGGCGGAAUCCCGGGACUUGCUGGGCCUCCCUUCCUCUUCUCUGGACGCCGCCGCCUCCUCCGCCGCCGUGCCGCGCAUCGACCUGCCCCGACGCCGCUCGCGUUCCUCCGCGACCACGUCUCCCAGGGCCGCCUGCUCCUCGUCUCCGCCGCGGUCACCCGCCACUGGCCCGCCGCCUCCUACCUCCCGCCGCCUCCUCCCAAUCAGUAAUUUAUCAGGGGGGUGUGCUAGUUUUGCUUCCAGCAGGGCUUUAAUGAUGCAAGCAGUUUACAUGGCUCUGCUAUGCAAUAUUAUGAAUCACAUAAUUAACCUCAGAUAG